AACAUUGUCAUUGUCAUUGCUAUCCGAAAAGCGUGUCUAAAUAACGUGUCUUAGCUUUAGCUCUUAGCCUUUCCACGAGGACUCUCCAGCCCAUAAAUCAACAUCAUUCAAAAUAUUUUUGUCUUUUGUACUUGAAACGAAACCGUUUUGUGUUGCCACUUACGCACUUGUGGCUCACCGCGCUAAUGCUAACGCCACACCUGCUACUAGUAAACAGUUCUAUUUAACACACUUGGAAUCGAAAAUGAGACUUAAGUGAGCGUCCAAGUGUUCCCUUUCCUUCACAUUUGGAGAAAUGAGGGGACCUAGUGCUGCUAAAACACGACAACUUCUCCGGUUGAUUCAUUCUGCCAGUCCAGCAGCGCGAUGUCGAGCAGCCACCAGCAGACCAUCGAGCUCGUCAUCUUCCCCCGAGGAGGAUGCGACCGGAUCGUCGAUGCUGCGACACCUGACGUCCAAAAUCAAAGCCACCGGGCCCAUUUCUGUGGCCGAGUACAUGAGGGAGGCGCUUACCAACCCAGUGAUGGGGUAUUACGUGAAGAAGAACAUGGUGGGAACGGACGGAGACUUCAUCACAUCGCCAGAAAUUAGUCAGAUCUUCGGAGAGCUGCUUGGCGUAUGGGUGGUCAGCGAGUGGAUGGCAGCGGGACGGCCCAAACAGCUCCAGCUGGUGGAGCUGGGACCGGGUAAAGGAUCUUUGGCCAGCGACAUUCUCCGAGUUUUCGCUCAGCUGCAGCCCGUGCUGAGCUCGGCUUCGGUGUCGCUGCACUUGGUGGAGGUGAGCCCGCUUCUGAGUCGUCUGCAGGCGCAGACCCUGGUCGGGAGCGGCAGCGGCGAAGUGGAGCGGGACGAUGAGCCCGUUUACCGGCACGGCCGAACUCCUGCCGGCCUGCCGGUGUCUUGGUACCGCCGCUUGGAGGAUGUCCCGCCCGGCUUCAGCAUCUUUCUGGGUCAUGAGUUCUUUGACGCGCUGCCCAUACACAAGUUCCAGCGGACCGAGCGAGGCUGGCGUGAGGUGAUGGUGGACGUGGACGUGGAAAAGCCGGGCCACUUGAGGUUCGUGGUGGCGCCGUCCCCCACCCUCGCGUCAACCACUCUAGUGCAGCGUGACGAAAGUCGGGAGCACGUGGAGGUUUGCGCCGAGGGGGGCGUCAUCAUCCAGCAGCUGGCGCGACGUGUGGCCGAGCACGGCGGAGCAGCGCUGAUCGCCGACUACGGCCACGACGGCACCAAGACCGACACCUUCCGGGGGUUCAAAGGUCACCGUCUCCACGACGUCCUGGCGUCGCCCGGUUGUGCCGACCUCACCGCCGACGUGGAUUUCGCUUACGUGCGGCGCGUGGCGGGAAGGGACGUAGCCUGCUUGGGGCCGGUCACCCAGAGGUCGUUUUUGAAGAACAUGGGCAUCGACGCACGCAUGCAGGUGCUGCUGAGGAACUGCAACGACGAGUCAACCAGGCAGCAGCUGAUUGGCAGCUACGAGGCGCUGACGGACGGCGCCAAGAUGGGCGACCGCUUCCUGUUUUUCGGCCUGCUGCACCCGAGCCGCCUCGCCGUGCCCAAGACGCCCACCGGGCUGAAGCUGGACAAGAAAAAGAGCCCGGCGCAGCUUCCGGUCGCGGGGUUCACCGAGCUCCGCUUCUCCUGAGAACCGCGGAACCGGAAACAAAAUAGGUGCAAUAGGUGGAGUCUGCCAAAUAGAGACUACAUAUUUAUGCAUAUUUUCAAGUUGUAUGAGCUUCCAGAGACUCUUAUUAAUGUUCCGCACACUCUACCAUACUCAUAAACACAUAUACUUUUAAACACCUUUUGGUACAUUUUAUUCCUUGUAACGUUUUUUUUUUUUUUACAGUCGGAAUGUAUUAGGUUAGAAAGGGUUUAUUUUACCACUCCCCACCCCAAAAAAAAAAAAAAUUAUUACGCUGUACACUCAAAUUCCUGUGAUAGGGCAAAUUAUUGACAGUAUGAAUAUUUUAAAAAAGCACAAUGUAGCGAGGGAAUUCUGUAUAGCCAAACAAAGUCAGAGUUUGUAGACAAUGCCGGGUGCCAGUUAAUAAAUGCUGCAUAGUCCCCUAAAAAAAAACGUAAUUUUUUUUUUAGAGGGUGGGUGGGAUUUUUUUUUUUUUUUUUUUUUUUUAAGUAAUUUUUUCAAUUCCUGCGGCAUUUAACUGAACAUGUGAUUGUUGUGGUUAACUGGCGUUCAGUUUUUGAGG